CACUCUCCCCGCCCCAAUACGGAAGCGGCGGGGUACCCGGGAUCCGACCGCUAGUGGGUCCAGGCCAUGGGGCAGCCCAGGGCUGUGGGGAGCGCAGAAGCGGCGUCCGCGCGACUUCCUCUUGUGCUCACCGCGCUGUGGGCCACGGCCGUGGGCCUGGAGCUGGCCUACGUGCUGGUACUGGGUCCCGGGCCGCCCCCACUGGGACCCUUGGCCCGGACCUUGCAGCUUGCGCUGGCAACCUUUCAGCUGCUCAACCUACUGGGCAACGUGGGGCUCUUCCUGCGCUCGGACCCCAGCAUCCGGGGUGUGAUGCUGGCCGGCCGUGGUCUGGGCCAGGGCUGGGCUUACUGCUACCAGUGCCAAAGCCAGGUGCCACCGCGCAGCGGGCAUUGCUCUGCCUGCCGCAUCUGCAUCCUUCGCCGGGACCACCACUGCCGCCUGCUGGGCCGCUGCGUGGGCUUCCACAACUACCGGCCCUUCCUGUGUCUGCUGCUUCACGCCGCAGGCGUCCUGCUGCACGUCUCUGUGCUGCUGGGCCCUGCCCUGUCGGCCCUGCUGCGAGCCCACACACCCCUCCACACCGCCGCCCUCCUCCUGCUGCCCUGGCUCAUGCUGCUCACAGGCAGAGUGUCUCUGGCGCAGUUCGCGCUGGCCUUCGUGACCGACACGUGUGUGGCGGGCGCACUGUUGUGCGGGGCUGGACUACUUUUCCAUGGGAUGUUGCUGCUGAGGGGCCAGACCACGUGGGAGUGGGCUCGGGGCCAGCACUCUUACGACCUGGGCCUCUCCCACAACCUGCAGGCGGCCCUGGGGCCCCGCUGGGUCCUUGUCUGGCUCUGGCCCUUCCUGGCCUCCCCGCUGCCGGGGGAUGGCAUCACGUUCCAGACCACAGCUGAUGUGGGACUCAUGGCUUCCUGACUCCAGGAAGAGCCUGAGCUGUACAAGGAGUGGGGAACAGGAGAGGGGACUCAGAUAACUCAUUUCAGGCCCACCCCCAGCCUCAGAAGGGGCGGCAGGCUGGUACGCUGGUACUUGAUGCCUGCUUUCGGCAACUCCAGCCCCGCCCUUAGCCUUGCCCUUGCCCAGCUUGGACUCCUAGUGUCCAGGGCUUGGGCCCUGCGGCUCUGCCUCUAUCAGUGGCCCCUGAGUACAGCGAAGGGUCUGGCAGGGGGCUGCUCGGCCUGCCCAGCUGCCCCUUUGCCAGGUUAAUAAAGUGCCCACUUGGUUCUUGGACUCCCUCCGUCUCUGUGGGUUUCUGGACCUUCACUGUUUCCAGGGCUGCUGUUUUUGUUUCCUCUGAUUGGCAGGCCUGGGAACCACAGAAUGCCUGAGGGUGUGAGCAGCCAGGGCUCUGCCUCCUGUGGCCUUGUGUGUGUGUGUGGGGGGGGGGGGUUGGCCAGCAGCUUAAGGCAGAAUGUAGUGUUCCAGGGUAUGAGAAUCCAGAAUUCUUCCCCAGGUUCAGUGCUUUAUAGUUAGGAACAUUUCACAGCAACAAUUUCAGUGAACUUCUCUCCAGCUAACCUGGUGCCCUGGGCAGCAAUUAUGUGGGUGAUAAAGCUCUGAGAGUUGAUGUGAUAAGAUCACGUGGUAGUAAAUGGAGGAGUCCGGAUUUGAACCCAGAUCUUUGUGCCUUCUCCUUCACCCUUGAACAGCCGAAAAAAUCAAGGCAGAGAGAUCAGGUGGGGCUGUUCAAGCAUCUGUGCUGGCUGGAUGGUGCUGAGACUGCUAAGCUCCUCCUCUCUGGACACUUCAGGGGCUACUUGUUAAACACUUUUAUUUAAAUAUAGUAAAUAGACAUUUCCAGUUAAAUGUGGCAGGUUUAAACAUGUGAGUUUGUUUCCUCUUAAAAUCUAAAAUGAUAGUAAAGAAAUUAAAAAUGAUGUAAAUUUACAAAGACAAAGAAAAUAGGAGGGAGACAGCACUAGACCAAAGAGCCUGACAACAUUCUGAAAGAUGGAAAGUGGAUAGAGGCUCAUUUACUCUCUUAGAGAAUUAGAAGUUGAAAUUAAGCGUUCCCUUCUUGGAGGGGCCAAGAGGCAGCCCGAUUGUCCCCAGGAGCCCUGGAGAGGUUCACUGUGGAAGGCAAGGUUUGGGGCUGACAGUAGGGCCGGGACUGAUUCAAGGUCUCUAUGAGAAGCAGCUAGGUUGCCCUGCCCCCCAGGACCCACCUGACCCCUCGCUACCCCGCUGGGGUGGAGGCGGGGGCUUUUCGAAGAAGCUUUGCAUCUCGGGGGGCCCUGGGGAGGGUUGGGGGUGAGGGACUGGACCAAAAAUGGAGUUAAGUGAAAACCUACAAGUGCUGCUGGGGGAGGGGGGUAGUCCUUCAGUGACAUGGCAGGCUUGCCUUCCAAGAACCCGCAGAGAAGCCCACCCUUCUGACAGGCCCCGCCCAUGCCCACAAAGGUUUGAGCUGCUAAGCCUUCUUUGUUUUUCUAAACAGCAUGCUCUAUUACUAUUUUUUAACUCUGUUAGGAACUUGGUGUACCUGGCACUUUGUGCUGUACCUAAGCAUUGGAAGACUUCUGUUUCCUCUACUGCUUUACCCCUCACCCUCCAGAAUAUCUUUUCUUGUUUUUUUUUUUUUUAUAGUGAAAGGAUACAAGGAAAUAUUUAUAAAAUAGAAACAACACCCUCCCCACCCCUAUUUAAGAAAUGGAUACUAUUUCCUUUGAGGUCCCUGCUGUGCCCCUCCCUGGUAGAGGAAACACUGUGCUGUCUUAAUCAUCCCCUUGCUUUGCCCCGUGAUUUUAUUACAUAUGUUUGUACUGGUUUUGCAUGUUUUUGAAUUUUAUAUAAACGGAGCCACGCCAUGUUUAUUCUUCUGUGAUUUGCUUUUUCCUUCAAUAUUUCUAAGAUUUAUCCAAAUUAACGUGUGUGGCUGUAGAGCACUCCUUUUCCUUGCUGUAUAGUGAUCCAUUGAAUAUACCACAAUUUAUUUUUCUCUCUUGUCCCCCUGAUCAUUUUAUCUACCCCUGUGUAUGAUCUCCUAAGAUCUACUUGGCCCUUGCUCUUCCAUAUAAAUUUUAGAAUCAGCUUGUCAAGUUCCACCAAUAAAACCCCCCCUUGAAAUUGUGACUGGAACCCAACUGAAUCUAUAGACCAGUUUGGGGAAAAUCAACAUCCACAUGAAAUUGAAUUUUCCAGUUCGUGAACAUGGUGUAUCUCUCCAUGUAAUGUUUUCAAUAAAGUUAUGUAUGUUUUCUCAUAAAGAUCAUGGCUUUUUGGGUUAGAUUUAUUCUUAUGUAUUUGAUAUUGUGAUGCUAUCAUUCAUAGUUUAUGAAAAUAAUUUUCUUAUGUCCAGCAAAUCUAAAACAUUUAUUUCCUUGAAAAUUCUUCUGGGUUUUCUGUAUUUAUAAUCAUAUCUAUGAAAAGAUAGUUUUGUUCUUCCUUUUUAAUUUUUAUAUCUCUUAUUUUUAAUUUUUUUUUUGGCUGUGCCACGCGGCUUACAGGAUCUCAGUUCCCCGACUAGGGAUUGAACCCAGGCCGUGGCAGUGAAAGCCCAGAAUCCUAACCACUAGACCACCGGGGAACUAUCUCUUAUUUUUCUUGCCUCUGUCUGGGUGGAAGAAAGGGUGGCUACCCUUGACUUGUUUCUCACAAUAGAGGGAAUGAUUUCAAUAUUUCACCAUAAAAUAUGUUUGCUGUGUUUUUUUAUUUAAUAGAUGACUUUUAUUAGGCUGAGAAAGUUCCCUUCUAUUCCAAGUAUGUUGAGUUUUGAUUCUUUUACUUUCAUUCUCUGCCUCUUAGGAAUGGCCUGUAGAUGGAUUGUUUAAAUCUUUGUCUUUUAAUAACUGAAGUACAGUCCAUUCUUUUUGGCCACGCCACACAGCAUGUGGGAUCUUAGUUCCCUGACCAGGGAUAAAACCUGUGCCCCUUGCAGUGGAAGCACAGUCUUAACCACUGAACUUCCGGCCAGGGAAGUCCCAGUAUUCAGUCAUUUUUAUCUAUUGUAAUUAACGUUCUUGGAUAUAUUUCUACUCCUUUAUUUUGUGCUGUUGUCCUAUCUCGGCUAGUGUUUUACCCUUUUAAGUUAUUUUUUUGCUGGGUGUAGAACUCUAGGCUAAUAGUUAUUUCUUGUCAAUAUACUGAAAAUUUUAUUCUGUCUUCUGGUGUCUAUUGUUGCUGUAAGUCAGCUGUCAUCUAUUUCAUUGUUUUGUUGUUACUGUUCCUUUGAAGAUACUUUCUGUCUCCAACUGCUUUUAAGAUUUUUUUGUCUUUGGUAUUCUACAUUUUACUGUGAUGCGUCCAAGUGUGGUUUUCUUUGUAUUUAUCUAAAUGGGAUUCCUUAGGUUUCUUGAUUCUAUGAAUUGAUGUCUUUCAUCAGUUCUAGCACAGAGUCUUAGCCACUGGACCACCAGGGAAGUCCCCCUCCUUGUCUCUUAAUAGCUCCUAUUUUCUCUGUUUCUGGCAUUCUGAAUAAUUUCCACAAAUCUAUCUUCCAAUUAAGUCUUUCAUCAACUGCUAAACCAAUCUAUUGAAGUUUUUUUGGUUUUUGUUUGUUUUUGUGGUUGUACCAACUCAUCGAGUUUUAUGUGUCAUUAAAUGUUUUAUUUUUCAUUUCUA